AUGGCCGCCAAGACUGCUGCAGUCGAUUUCGCUCGAGUGGCCACGGCUCUCAACUUGCCCCAAACCACCCUACAAUCCCUGUCGGCCUUCAGGGCGCGAAACGCGGCAGCCAAGGCCUCCCUCUCGGCCCUCAAAUCCCAGAAACAGGACAUCGACUUUGCCCAUUAUCGCGCCGUCUUGAAGAAGAACGUCCAGAUCGUCGAUCGCUUGGAGAAAGUCUGGAACGACUUCAAGCCUGCCGAAUACGAUGUCUCGGCCCAGAUCAAAGCUAUCGAAGCUUUCGAAUCCAAAGCUGUCAGUUCGGCCACCGAAGCCUCCCAAAAAAUUGAAGAAGAACUUGCGGCGCUCAACGCGACGCUCCAAAACAUCGAGGGAGCCCGUCCAUUCGACCAAUUGACUUUGUCAGACAUUGAUAAGGCCGAGCCCCGGAUCUCCAAGACCGUCGAGACGAUGGUCAAGAAGGGCAAGUGGACCGUCGAAGGUUACUCGGAGAAGUUCGGAAACCUUUCCGUCAUGUAG